AUGGACGAAUUCCCUUCUUCCAGAACAAACCACGGUGCUGUUGCUGUUAUGCCAUCAAUAGAUUACGAUGACCAAAACACAUUACUGUCCCCGCCACAUUUAGAUGCACAAAUAUUAGAAGACGACGAGAACUCAGUGUUUUCUGAUUCAAGUACCAUUGGAGACUUGGCUCAGAAUGGGUAUGUCAACAGAUGUCCCAGGUUUGCAGGUGGAAGAAUAAUCAUUUUCGCUUCGAUUAUGCUUUCUAAGGGAUUCUUCGCCUGGUCGGAUCAACGAUCUUUCUCCAUGUUCAUUGAAAACCGUAGGAAACUCGACAAAUGUCUCGAUUCUGGAACUGGCUGGCCCUUGUUCCAUUUCGUAUCUAUAGGGUUCAGAUCCUAUUUCAACAAGAAUGUCCCGGUGAAUCGAAUCUACAAAUACAAAGUGGUCGACAACGAUAGCGACGAUCUGAAGUCACUUAAGCAACAAAACAAGGAGCUAAUUUACAAGAACAAGAAGCAAUCCCUCUAUAAGAUAGAAUUCUGUAACAUAUUCCGAAAUGUUGAUAAUAAGACGGAGACGGUACGUCACAAAUUUGUUUGCUACAAACCAGAUGGUUCAACUUAUACUGUAACGUUGUUAAAUACUGUCGGAAGAAGGCAUACGGAUUGUUCAAUUUUUGAGCCCGUUACAGAAACAUCUUUAAACCUCCGAUGGCAGGGUACCACUGGGUACACUUCAGUGUUUGGUGCAAAUGAUUUUAAGUUGGUGGUUUUGGAUGAUGACAUACCACAUUUAAGUACACAUACUGGACAAGAAAUUAUCGACCUCAGGCGACAACCAGAUAGCAACAGGAGACCUGAAUCCAGAAUGCCAGUGUGGGGAAUGUACUCUAGAGUUACAACAGUGCUACCUAUUCCGAAACGGCGUGUACUAAAAUUGGCAGCGUUCGAAAUAGGAGAAGUAGAAGAAUCUGAAGAGGUUCCUUUUACCACUGAAGUCCUGACAUGCAUGUGCAUGUACUUACACGAACUUGAAUCUCGUAAAGAGAGGAGAACUCCUUUGUCAACUUCUAUGAAUACAAUGCCUUUUGGUGACUUUGUAAUUUGA